UUGGCGAGCGGAGGAGACCCAUUGCGACAAACACAGGGCGCUAUAAAACUGCUACGGAUUUCGCGGGUCGCGUCCGCCCCGGCCUUGCAUUAUAGGUAAUCGCCUGAACCGCGCGCUUUUUUGUUGUUAUGUGGUCUCCCACCGCUGCCUAUGGCUGCUGUCAGUGUAUACGAGAUUCCCUGCAUGAACCCGAGCCGCAGGAAAUAAACGCGCGCCCGAUGCCUUUCCAGCGGCAAGCUCGUUAAACAUUGCAACCCUGAGCGCAGCGCGUUCGCACCGUUAGCGUCACUUUGCAGACGACGAUCGGUGCGCGCAGGCGGACGAUUUUAGCGCGUACGUUCGGUUCGAACCAGCGACAGAUCUAAAGCGCGCGAUCAGACCGACCCCUGAUAAGCCCUCUGCGAGGCUUUCCCUCCGCUGUCGCGACAACCGCCAGGACCGAUAAGCCAGUUCGACGCCUCUGCUAGCCGUUUCACGAAGCGGUCCGAAGUGCGGUGCACAAAUCACCUGCGAAACGGUAGCAGACGAUUGCCCUCCUCUCGGAACGUAUUGCCCCGCGUUUACGACCACAGCGCCCGCAAGUCGCAUGUUCGCAUGUUUGCAGCGCUGACGCCGAGAGACGUGACGCCAACACAAGCGAUGGAUCCGCGGCAGACAGUGAUCAAGAUUUUGACCCCUCUGCUGAGAUGCUUGUUGAUGAGUUCGACGACGAGAAGACAUUAGACGAGGAGGAGGCCUUGGAGAGCGACGCCAGUGACGACGAACUCAACACGCUGCAAAAGGAAGGUGAGAUGCCUCUAGAAGACCUUCUUGCCAUGUUUGGGUACAAGGACGGAGAACGGGUCGGUGGUGAGCCCGAGUCUGAGGAGGAAGAGGAGGACUCUGAUGAGGAGGAAGAAGAAGAUGGUGACACCGCUGAGGAAGUCCCAGAGAGUUCUGCCCCUAAGGUGGCAGCAGACAAGCCAGUAACGGAGGCACCAAACAAAGAGCCGGUGCCAAUGCUGGCACCAAAGGAAGUGCCGCCAUGUGCCGCUGUGCCCACCCUGGUACUUCCACCGCCUGUUGAGGCCAAAGUGCCAACAACCACAAAGACUCCGUCCCCUGUCACCCGAGCGACGCCCACACCUCCCCAUCCCCCGCCGAGGCGUGAGCACCGGACUACUUCCACAGCUCAUCUGCUGCGAUCUGUCUCCCAUGCGAGUGAAUCUUCAAACUCCGACUCCGAUGAGGACUUCACACUGGAGGAGUACUGGAAGAAGAACUCAAACUUCAGUGACGUCAACAUACUGGGACCAGCAUACGCAAGAGUUCCACAUCAGACCAUACAAGUUGGUUCGGAAUACCAGGCCACCAUUCCUGUGGGGCUGUGUAAAUAUGAUGAUGCGCCAGCUUAUGAGAACGAAGAUCGAUUGCUCUGGGAUCCGGCCAAGCUCUCGGACAGUGAUGUGGAGGACUACCUUUCCACGGCUCAGGAGCCGACAGCAAACACCAUGGGGAGCAUCAACUCAUUACCCCUGGGCAGUCACACUCGAGAUGACGAACAGGCGCUGUACUUGCUGCUGCAGUGUGGACACAACGUUGAGGAGGCGCUGCGGAGGCGGCGGAUGAACCCCACCAUACCCACAAAGAUGAGCCUUUGGUCUGAAGAAGAGUGCCGGAGUUUUGAGAGUGGCCUUCGGUUGUACGGCAAGGACUUCCACCUCAUCCAACUACACAAGGUCCGUACGCGCUCGGUUGGUGAGCUUGUGCACUUCUACUACCUGUGGAAGAAGACGGAGCGGCACGACAUCUUUGCCAGUAAGGUGCGCCUCGAAAAGAAGAAGUAUGCUCUGCACCCCGGAACCACGGACUACAUGGACCGCUUCCUGGAUGAGCAGGAGAACUCCCAGCAGCAGCAGCAACAGCAGCAGCCGCGUGACCGGUCCACAAGCCCAAAUGAAGCAAAGCGGCCAAGGCUCGCACUGCCCAUGCAGCUCACAAGUCAGCUUGUUGGUCCCCAAGAGAACGGUCGUGAAGCGUCCGCCGCAGCUUCCCUGACAGUGGCCACUGAUCCAACACGCGAGAACGGCCGCGACCGGCUCUGGACGGCGCCGGCAAGUUCAUCGGAUGAAGAUGAUCUCCCCCUCAUCGCCACCACUGCUAGACCAACACUGGGCAAGGUGGCAGUGACAGUGGCAACACCAGCUGCGGCUCCAAGUGGCAAUGUUGUACAGGUCCUGAACAAGAUGGCAGCCACCAAUCUGGUCACCACAGUGUCUGCAACACAGCCACUUGUCGGGGUGACUGAACGGCCCCACACAGUGGUUCCUGACGAGUGAUGUGGCGGCGGCCACUGGUGUCCACGUGCAGAAUCUCUCUGCUCCUUUGCCGACGCAUCCAUCCCUCCAUCACACGCCAGAGUUUAGAAGAAAAAAAAAAAAUAAUCACAGAACUUGGGACCAAGAGCGCUGUCACAGCGCAAACAGCGUUUCACAUCAUGAACUGCUCUGGUGCUGUGCGGGUGGAGCAUUUCGUGUUGCGCCCUCUGGUGACAGCACUGCACUUUUGCUUAUUACUUAACACGCAGCAUGCCGAGCCCUUUUCUGCGCCAGACGGCAAACGGGGAGAAGGAAACGCUUGCAGAAUGUGAUGUGCAUACUGUCACGAGGGCCCCUGGAGCGGCACCAGGCUUCGUCAAAGCCGCCUAGUGUGUGCACCAUUCUGCACGACUGCCCGGAGGCAGGUCAAGCGCUGUUGCCGCUGUGUUGUUACUUAGUCUACCUUGUGAAGGUUGUAAAAAUGAGGUGAAUUUGGUCCUGUUGAUGUCCUCGAAUGUGACAAUUGUAUCUGGCUUAACGAAGGUUAUGUUAACGGAGUAACACACACAGUCCAGGCCAAGAAUAAUGAAACUCGCAUAUUGGUGCUCAUCAUUGUCUUCAUAGUUUUUGUGCCAUGGUGAACAUUGAGAUGGCCAAAGCAUUCAGCUGGUACUCUUAGCACCGUAUUUACAAAUGGACCGAUACUUGUGAACUCCCAGUAGUGGAGAAACUUGGGCUGGUUGGUGUAGGAUAGUUCAAAUUCUGGAGGACCAGCACUCGGAUGAAGCACACGGAAAAAGAGUGGCAUACACAUUGUGCUGGCUAUCAGUCGUCGUAAGUUUAAUGCUUUUUGCUAUGAACUCUGUACAUUCGCGAAAAAGAACACAGAAAGGAAAAAGCAGUUGGGAACAUGCUGCAGACCCAUCGCACAUAUAUAAUAGUAUCUCCUUUUUAUGCACAAGCAGCAACGGUGUGCUGAUGAACAAGUCUCUCUAUUUAAAAAAAAUUUUUUUUUUUGUGUGUAUGUCAAAAAGGCCUGAAAUAUUUUCCAGGCACUCUGCUCAUGGUAUUCCGUACAUCUUGUUUUUUUCAAAUGUAAAAAGUUGAAAGCAGUGGCAAUAUGGUUGCUAAUCAGCGGUGUGCGUGUGUGCCGCUCUUUUCUGUGUAUUUUGUCCGAGUGGUGGUACUCCCAAAUUUGAACUUGAGAACUCUCCUUUGACUCUCUGCGUCGUGCAGGACUGCACCACCCCAAGACUGAAGUAGACAUUGCACUUUGGUAAUGCUGCCUGGUAAUUUGUGCAGUGUACUUACGAGGGUUACCAAAGAACAGUGACCAUUUCAGUUGAGGGGACGGUCGCCCUCCAUUUGCCGGAGUUGAAGCGGGGCAUUGAGGUAGAGGAACAUUCAAUGAAUACAGGAAUUUGCGGUACCAGCGCUGCAGAAGCAUAACCGUGCCGAAGCGCAAAUAUCAGAUGUGUCAAAACUCGUUCAAAUUGCAGGACACGCAGUAGGACUGUGUGUUGCUGCCCGCAGUAGUUGGUGUAAAUAUUUUAGCUUGACGGUCGUUACCACUUACCCCAUCAGCUGUAUCCAUCGUGCUUGUCAAGAAUGUGCAGCCAGCAGAGCUUUGUCACUCGGGCAUCCGUACUAGGGCGAUCGUACUGGAAGAUUGUGAACCAUCGUCUUGAAUAUUGGGAAGAGGUCUGUUGCUUCAUCACCAACAUGUCUGAGGCAAGCCCGGCGACAUGUCAUCGACUGAAUGCUUCCAGACAUGCAUAGUGCCCGCCUCGCGAUGAAACUAAUGCCACAAGCAGCGCUGCAUCAAGCUGUGCUGCUGUCGAAGACAGAGACUUCUUGUGGUAGAACUAACCAAGUCAACACGUCCCUGCUGGUUGCCGUGGCAAACCACACUUUCAUCUCACAGUGAACGCAACAAGCGUUAUUGCCAGAAAGUGCCUUCUAUGAACCCACCAUCACCACCACUGACAGAGCUGAAGGACUGUGCGCCGAGUUUAAACCCGAAUUUGGUGUGGUACGGGGGGGGUGGGGGGGUUGAUCCGCUUCUUCUGUGGUGGGUGUUUUCAAAGGGUAAGACGACCCUUUCACGUGCUGUCAACCUUCUUUCGUUGCUUCGUUUUGCUACUUCUUUUAAAAUUAAAAGUGUAUACCGUAUUGUAGCAUAGGUGAAGUACCCAAAGAACAAAAAAAAAACACCACCUUGUUGACGUUCAUCUAUGUUCUGUAUUUUUUUUUUGUCACUCCAUUUAUGUUAUAUUUUGUGUACACUGUUACACUGUUACACUUUGUGUCACACACACGCUCUCGCCUUGUUUUUAAUCACAAGCAUGUGUUCCGUCUUUUGAGACGUGAACACUGCAAACUUAUUGUACCAUUGUUACUAAUAUAGGAGAUGCAUUUUGCCAGGUGACUUAUACACAGCGGGUGAAACUUGGCUAGAUUUGUGCACAGAUUUUAUUUUCCCUCUGCGGUGUUUAAGUCAUGGAUGCAUCCUUUUUUUUGUCAUUGUUGCCAGAGAGAGCUGCAGGUGGCAGUCAUGAACCUUGUGGUCAUUUCAUUCUUGUCUGCUGUGCAGGAGAGCGCUCACUGUUAGCAUUGUUUAGGUGCGGUCACUUGCUUUCACAAGUUUGAAAGCAUGGCGGCGCACACGUUUUUGUUCUUCUGUAAAUUACCGGAUCUGCGUGCCGCCAGAACUGUGUUGGUAAGCAGCAUUUGAACUAAUCCAGUUGACUUCCGUUAAUUUGACCCUGAUGGCACCGACAAAAUUGAUCGAAUUACACAAGAUGCAAAAAGGAAACUGCCGGAACGUACUGCUGAUUCAUUUGGCAGUAUUUGCCAUAGUCUAACUCGCCCCUGAAGCAAUUGCGUACCCACUUUUAAUGCGUCCGAAGUGGAAAACUAACGUAGAAGUUACGUUAAAGCUCCUAAACAAACUAAAAAUCGAAUGUGCACCCAAUUAUUAAACAAGCACGUAUUGCACAGUGGUGGCCGGUUGCCUGAAGUCAGCUUCACUGCACUUCUUUUUUUAAAGCUAGCAGUACAUUUUUGUUAUGCGGUUAAAGGACAUGGACAUUGUGGAGGCAGUUUUGGCUUCAUAUCCGAUAGCACCGUGCAGGCAUUUUUCGGUCUAAUUUUGCUGGAAAAAAAAAAAAAGGUGAGUGUUACAAUCGGGUAAAUGUCGAAAUCAGACAUUGGGAGCUACAUUGAAAAUUUUCCUAGGGCAGACUGAAAAUACUAGGUGUUUUCGAGAGAUGAUGAUGUGUGCUCAAAGCAUUCACUGUCCCCUAAACUCCACCCAGACACUGCCACUAACGGAAUCUCCAUAGAGGUCAGGCAAAUACGUGCCGAGUGGCCAAGUUCGAAUUAUCCAGCGAAUGCCAAUUUUUGAGUAAAAAACUAAUGUUCGGGCCCAUUGAAGCACAUGGGUGCUGGCUGGGACCUUCGGUCGGGAUUGAACUAAUAAAAAAAAUUUUAUCAACCGGAAUCGAAUUAGCGGAAGUCUGCUGUAUAAUGCUAUUGGCAAGGGGACAGGACAUGUUUUGUCUGGUUCAGAUGACAUUGGCAAUUUCUUGCACAAUUUGCAUUGCACAAGUGCAACUGCUCACUGCCGUGGUUGCUUCAGUGUAUGCUCCACACUCCGUUUCAUACUUGGCAGGCAACGCUGUAGAAGCUACGCGUGCAUCGCGGUGAUAAAGUCGUUUCACAGUGUAGUUGCUUUUGAUCUGCGACACUUUCUAUGGUUAACUACUUCCUAUAUUACAACUGCAACUUGCGGACGCAAGGUUACGUCAAGUCAUGCAUUACUUGUGCCACUUUGUAUUGCCAGUGUGCAACAUACUGUUUCGGUUUCGAGCGCGAGUAGUGCGCUGUGGUCACCGGUUGCACAGUUGCGUCACUCUGCUCGUUCGAUCGCCAACAGGUUCAGAUCUAAAAAGCCUUCCAUGCGCAUUUUGCAACACAAAAGUAUGGGACUUAAUGUUACAUUGAAUCGCACAACGCAUACCUGUGCAUUUUCUGACAUGUGGCACACCCUAUUUUGGCCAGUUAAGUGAGCAUCAAGUGUAGUCGCCCAUAGCGAGCAUAGCCUAAAUAGGGAUGAUUGCAAUGUAUGAAGCAGAGCAUAGUUUAAGUGCAUACAUUAUGCCGAGCAAAAGUUUUGGAGAUCACAGGAGCAGCGAAAGUUUCAGAUAUUAUUCUGGCAUGGGCGCGCGCUUCAUUGGUCAAGCAUGCACGCAUAGGUUGCACCGAUGGAUUUCAGGCUGCUUGUCAAGGCUUUAAGUAGCUUUCACUGCACCUGGGCUCAGAAACUAAUUAUCUCAGUAAUGUCGCGUAACACCAUGCUUGAACGUACUGUUAGCUGUAGGUGAAUGGGAGGGAAAAGGUGAAGAUUUAGAAGGAGUUCUGCAAUGGAUUUUGUGUGGUGGCGUGGCAUGGUUGUUAUCAGACUACAAUGAAGAGAACAGCGAGCUACAUAGCCUGCGACAAAGGCCCAAAGUGGCUGUAUGACCAGGUAGUCUGCGAGAAUGCACGGCCGGCGUCGGUGAUGAAAAAUGCGGCGAAUGAUAACAUGCAUUGGAUAUAGCAGAGAGGGUAGAAGUACUAGGCUCGGAUAUGGUGAUCUGUUUGAAAAAGACUGCAGAGACCUUGGUAGACUUUGGGCAGUAGCAAACCAGCCACCAAGGAGGAUUUCUCAAGGGUGUGAGGGUUUACAAAUUCCAGUUCUGGCAUGAAAGGGCGACAGGUCUUUAUCCGUAAAAACGCCUGCGCUGACUUGCGCAUGCAGCAUAAGGUCUCCCAAGAUUCUUGCUUGCAAUUGUACAAAGAUACGCAGUUGGAAAUGUGUCGAGAGUUGCAUUUUGUGUUGCAUACACUGCAACAGUACAAGAUGGUAAAGGAUAGUAAUGCUGUGCUUGGUGAAUGUUUAUGUGCUAAAAUUUGUUGGACUAGCCAUAAUGCAGGUUUGAGAAAUUUUGUUUGUUAUAAUGGUGGGAGAGGGAGGUACUUUCAACGGAGGAAUAAUUCCUUAUAUUGUAGCCAUGUUUGAGAGGAUAGUUGCCACCCAUUCUGAAAUGCCUGUGAAUGCUAAGUUGACUUCAAUGGUGAGUUUCGAAAAAACAGCUGGCCAUUGCCUGGUAUGGAACAGGCUAUCCAAAGCUAGACUCCACGUCUGCACCAUAACCACCACUGUCUGUACGUGGCCACUUCUGCAGCUCUCAUGUAAUAUGUAUGUACAAAUGCUUUUAAAAUAACAUCAUGUUUUUUGUUGAAAAAAAGUUUGCACUGUUUUAUGUUCUUGUCAUCACGAGAUGUGCAUUUUUCCUUUUCACAUUCAUAACAUGCAGAUUUGCACAGUGUCAUUUCGAUGUCUUUUUUUCCUCUUUCUUGUUAUUACCCUACUACUUUCCACAUACAUGGAGUGUGAGCCCAUCAAAAAAAGUUUUCGUGAUCCCAUUUGUGCAAAUGAACAGGAGAAAAUAGCAAGCACUAUUUAUUGGUAGCAAAUACGCAAUACGAAUGUGAUUUAAUAAAGGGAAAUGUAAUUUUA